UCUGUCAGUGCGCGUGAGUCCAGACCAAACCAGGACCAGACCAGGACCAAACCAGGACCAAACCAGGACCAGACCAGGUCCAGGACCAAGUCAUCACCGGGACUAGCGCAGGCCCUGAGCCGGGAGAGGCGCCCCGAGGCCCGGACACAUCAUGGACCCAGCGCCGCAGCUCCGCGGCCGCAGCGGGGAGACCCGCACACACUGACCGAGCACAGAGCCCCGUCCCCGGGCACAGGAGCAGACCGCAGCCGCUCUCAGGAGCCUGUCCCCGGGUUGGGCGCGCACAUGGCCGCGGACGGGACCGGGACCGGGACCGGGACCAUCCGCAGUCGGCUCCGGUCUCUGCUCAAGUCCAACUCCAUCAAACUGAAGAGGCGCGCGCGACACCCGGAGCAUCUCACCACCAAGGUGACUCUGGAGAAGGUUCUGGGUCUCACUGCUGCAGGAAACAGAGCUCUGUCCUGUGACCCGAAGACCGGACUCCUCGCCUACCCCGCCGGGUGUGUGGUGGUGCUGCUCAAUCCUCGGAAGAACAAACAACAGCACAUCUUCAACUCCUCCAGAAAAGCCAUCACCACUUUGGCCUUUUCUCCAGACGGGAAAUAUGUGGUCACCGGAGAGAGCGGUCACGUCCCGGCCGUGCGUGUCUGGGAGGUUACUGAGCGCGCUCAGAUGGCCGAGCUGCAGGAGCAUAAAUACGGCGUCGCCUGCGUCGCCUUUUCCCCAAACGGAAAAUACAUCGUGAGCGUCGGAUACCAGCACGACAUGACCGUCUGCGUCUGGAACUGGAAGAAAAACGUGGUGGUGGCGGCGAACAAAGUGUCGAGUAAAGUUUGUGCCGUGUCGUUUUCUGACGACAGCUCGUACUUCGUCACCGCCGGAAACAGACACGUCAAGUUCUGGUACCUGGACCACAACAAGACAACAAAGGUAAACGCCACAGUGCCUCUGUUGGGACGCUCCGCUCUUCUCGGGGAACUCAGGACAAACUGUUUCUCAGACGUGGCUUGUGGUCGAGGGAAAAGCUCCGCCUCCACCUUCUGCAUCACGUCGUCCGGCCUCUUGUGCGAGUUCAACCAACGCCGCCUCCUCGACAAGUGGGUGGAGCUACGGACGUCUCAGGCCACGUGUCUCUGUGUGUCGGAGGAGCUGAUCUUCUGCGGAUGUUCUGAUGGAACCGUCCGAGCGUUCAGUCCCUUCAACCUGCAGUUCCUCUGCACGCUGCCCCGACCUCACGCCCUGGGGACCGACGUGAGCGCCAUGACCAAGGCCAGUCAGCUGUUCAGCUCGUGUGGUGAGUGUCGGUUUCCAGACACGGUGGCGGUGAGUUUCGACCCGGCGAGCGGUUGGUUGUCGUGCGUUUACAGCGACCACAGCGUUUAUGUGUGGGACCUGCAGCACGUGCACGCCCGCGACCCCCACGUGCACGCCCGCGACCCCCACGUGCACACCCACGACCCCCACGUGCACGACCCCAAGAGAGCGGGAAAACUCUACUCUGCCAUGUACCACUCGUCCUGCGUGUGGGGCCUGGAGAUGUAUCCGGACUCUCCCGCUCCGCUCCUUCCUCCCGGGUCCUUCCUCUCCUGCUCCUCAGACUCGACCAUCAGGAUCUGGAGCCUGGACCCAAGAGGCUCGAGCCAGAACAUCCUCAGCCACGACCUGCAGAAGAUCUUGUACGUGGACGAGAAUCUCUCUCUCCUUUUGGACACCGAGUCGUCGGUUGCCGGGGGAAACGGGGAGAAGGCGGGGCCAGAGGCGGAGCAGAGGGCGGGGCUCCGGACGCUGAAGGUCCGACCCGACGGGGUGCACCUGGCGUCAGGCGACAGACAGGGGGCGCUCAGGAUCCAUGACCUGCGGACGAUGGAGGAAAUCCUCAAUGUUCAGGCUCACGACUCUGAAAUCCUCUGCCUCGAGUUCUCCAAACCUGACACAGGGCUGCAGUUGCUGGCCUCGUCCAGCAGGGACAGACUGAUCCAUGUGCUCGACUCUGGGGCUGAUUAUUCACUCGUCCAAACUCUGGACGAACACUCGUCCUCAAUCACUGCUGUCAAGUUCACAGCCAAUGACGGACGAGUGCGAAUGAUCAGCUGCGGCGCCGACAAGAGCGUGUACUUCAGGACCGCCCACAAGACGGAGGAGGGGCUACAGUUUUCUCGGACUCAUCACGUCGUGAGGAAGACGACUCUGUACGACAUGGACAUCGAGCCGACGAAGAAGUACGCGGCCGUGGGCUGUCAGGACCGCAGUAUACGGAUCUUUAACAUCAGUAACGGGAAACAGAAGCGGAUGUUCCGAGGCUCCCAGGGAGAAGACGGAACACUCAUCAAGGUCCAGAUUGAUCCGUCCGGACUCUUCGUCGCCACUUCCUGUUCAGACAAAAACAUCAGCAUCUUCGACUUCUGCAGCGGAGAGUGUGUGGCCACCAUGUACGGACACUCAGAGAUUGUGACGAGUCUGAAGUUCAGCUCCGACUGUCGCCACCUGCUGUCUGCGUCUGGAGACAGUUGUGUGUUCGUGUGGCGUUUGCCGCCGGAGCUCACCAUCAGAAUGAGACAGAGACUGUCAGAGCUCCGCCCCCAAAACUACAGCGCCCAGAAUGCACCAGGGCUCAGGGACGGCGACGUCACGGCCGACGCUGCAGACGCGGCCGACACGGGCGAUGCGGGCGACGCGGGCGACGCGGCGCUCUCGUCCGACAGCGACGAGGAGGAGGAGCCAAACGCAGGAAGUGCUCCUGGCGCAGAGUCCGAGCUGAAAGUGAACGCACCGGACGGCCCCGAGCUCCGCCCACAGCCCCGCCCCGUCCGUAAACGCUGGACUCGAGAUCCUUCAGACCGAGUCCUGAUGGUUCACUCCAUGUUCGACCUGAGAGACCUGGACACACUGGAGACCGAGGAGCAGGUGAAGCCCCGCCCCUCUGAGGAUAACCCCGCCCCCCACAGCCAAUCACAGGCAGAGGCCGGACUGAAGCGGACCAAUCAGGAUCUGGGCAGCACCGUGAGCCUGCAAGUCGACUCCAGGACCAGUCACAGACCGGACUUCAUCCUGCUGGCCAAUCAGAGCUCAGAGAGGGACCUGCCCGUCCUCUACCCCGACCAAUGGGACGACAGAGUCAGUCUGGCCGGAAAUGAGUUCCGGGUGCAGGAGGCAGGGGGCGCUGCAGACAAACCGUCCCCGGACAGUGGAGUCUCUGUGGGCUUCAGCUGCAGGUCGAGCCCCGAGCGACCGACGGCAGAAGACUCGGAGAGACUCAGCGCCGAUGGAAACUCGUCCGACCUGGAGGAGGAAGAGGAGGGGCCUGGGACGGGAAGAGGCGGGACUACGGCGGGAAGGGGCGGGGCUGAGACGGUCCCUCAGACUCCAGACCAAGAAGCGUUUCUCAAGGAGCAUUUUGGGACUUUAGAAGAGCCCAAAGGCAGUCCGAGCAGAGGGUCCCACAGCUCGUCCGAGAGUCUCAGUAUCUCCUCCAGGUUCCUCUCUCACUCCUCUGCUCACAGUCGUUCCUCGGUUCCUUUGGCUUCUCGCUCUGAUGGAAAGACUCCUCUGGUCUCUGAGGUCCACCCCCUGAGAGAGACUCAAGACCAGGAUCUAAACCAGGACCAGGAUCUAAACCAGGACCAAAAACCAGGUCUGGACCCAGGACUAGACCAGACAAAAGAAGCUCACCAGGAAAAGCCUCAGGUCCCUCUGGUCUCCGAGGUCCGACCCCUGAUGGACCAAAAACCGGGUCUGAACCUGGACCAGGGUCUGAACCAGGACCAGACUAAAGUCCUGGUCUCGGCUCCAGCAGAGGGCGCAGUGUUGGAGACGGCGCCUCCUAGAGCUGCUCUGUUUAAGAAGAAACCUGCAGACGCCCGGAGGAGCCAAGGGUCCAGAGUCCAGAACCAGAACCAGAACCAGAACCUGAACCUGGGUCUGAGGAAGGCCCAGUCUGUGACCAGCCUCCUGUCCGACAGCGCUGACUCCGCCCCCUCGCCCUCCCCGACCCCUGUGACCCCUGUGACCUCUGCGACCCCCGUGACGAUGGUGCGACCUUCGACCCUGCCCUCGACGCCGCGCCGUCCGCUGCUGGACUCCUGCACGUUGCCGCGGAAACCGUGUCGCUCGUACAUGAGCCCCACGGCGAGCUCCAAGGCCAAAGUGACGCGCUCCGUCUCCAUCGGCGACGGCCUCAACGACCUCUCGCCCCUGACCUCGCUUCCUGUGGCGCAGGUCGCCGCGGUGACGGCGGUGCCCGUGCUCGUGGCCCCGCCUCUCUCUGCCAGUGGGCGGAGCCUGCAGAACCGCGUCCAAAACAAACCUCUGCCGGACAAACCCUCGCUGCCCGUGUUCGCCCCCUCCUCCCCUCGCCAAAACCCACCCCCUGACCCCUACCCGACCCGCGGCUCGAACCUGAACUCGCCCUCGCCGAACGUCCCCCCCCCCCACGCGUCCGGCGCUCCCACCCCCAGGUCGCCCCCGCCCCCGCCCACGCCCCGCCCCCUGCCACACGCCCGCCCCCGGACCACGCCCCCGCACCUCCGACCUGCAGCAGAACGACGACGACAACAGUCUCUCUCUCUCUCUCUCUCUCUCUCUCUCUCUCUCUCAGGUGGGGGAGGGGCCGUCGUGUCUGUGGAGGUGUGUGAGGCUCUGACCAAUGAGCUGCGGAGCUGCUUCAGCCGAGCCACUCACCUGUACAGGACGCUGAGCGUGGCGUCGGCUGAAGGCCCCGCCCCCGAGCGCAGUCACAUGAUCUCCGUCCUAUCAGAGUGCUUCCGAGGCCUGAGGGCGGAGCUUGAGGGGCUGCCGCUCGGCCUCGUGGGAGAAGAGGGCGGAGCCAACGCGGAGGCGGGAAGAACGGCGGCCAUUUUAGAAGAAUACUCCCUACUACUGGUGCAAGCGGUGACGCGACGACUCCAGAGUCCCACGCACCCCCCCCCGCCAAAUAUAUGAAGUACUUUUACUACUACUACUACUACUACUACUACUACUACUGUUACUACUGUUACUACAAAUACUACUACACAAGAGGCUGCAGAGUCCGACUCAUGUGGGAUGGACAAAUACACGAGUAUGAUGUACUUUUACUACUACUGCGAGUACUGCGACUGUUACUACACCUACUACCAAUACUACUACUACUACUACUACUACUACUACUACUACUAUUAUACAAGAGGCUGCUGAGUCUUACACCCCCCGUACCACAAAUACACAACAUAUUUUUACUACUGACUACUGCGACUAUCAUCACAAAAAGUACUGCUGCUACUGCACAACAAAUACUGCAGCACCGACAAAUACUACAACACCAACAAAUACUACAACACCAACAAAUACUACAACACCAACAACAAAUACUGCAGCACGGACAAAUACUACAACACCGACAAAUACUACAACACCAACAAAUACUACAACACCAACAACAAAUACUGCAGCACGGACAAAUACUACAACACCAACAAAUACUACAACACCAGGGCUGAAGUACUACAGUUUACACGAACAAAGUAAUUCCAAAUACGAAAAAAACAGACACUACUUUCUUCUACUACUAUCACUACUACUACUACUACUACUACUACUACUACUACUACUACUACUACUACUACUACUACUACUACUACUACUACUA